AUGAUCCUUAUUGGCCUUACAGGCGGGAUCGCAUGUGGGAAGUCAACUGUAUCAAAGCAGUUGACGGAGAAACAUAAACUAAUAGUUAUUGAUGCAGAUUCUGUGGUGAGGGACCUACAACGUCCAUCAAUGCCGUGCACACGGAAGAUUGCAAAACGAUGGCCGGAGUGCGUUAAUAGAGAAACAGGAGAGAUUGACCGCCCCGCCUUGGGAAACAUUAUCUUCCAUGAUGCAAAAGCCCGCCGGGAGCUAUCACGCAUUAUGAAUAUCCCAAUAUUUAUUUUCAUGAUGAAAAAGAUCUUGCUAUUGUGGUGGAAGAGCUUGUGCAAUAGACUGAGAGGUGAUAGACCGCUUCUUGUAGUGAUUGAUGUACCACUCCUAUACGAAACUAAUAUAUAUACGUGGUUUAUAGAUAAGGCAGUGGUCGUAGCAUGUAACGAAGAAGAGCAGAUUGCUCGUCUUGGUAAGCGUAACGGAUUCACUCGUAAUCAAGCAGUACAACGGAUACAAGCGCAAAUGCCAAUUGAAGAAAAGUGCAGACGAGCCGAUUAUGUUAUACGCAACGACGGUACUCUUGGUGAACUAGAAAAGUCUGUAGACGAUUCUGUAGAAUGGAUGCGCCGACAAUCAGGUCGAAGGAUGACUUGUGUCAUGCUUGUUGUUUUGCUUGGUGGAGUCGCCUGUGGUGCGGUUGUGGCGUUUCCGUUUUUAUUGAUGCGGUUGUAG